CCGCGUGGCCUACGGCCAUGCUGGCUGGAGGACUGUGGAAAUUGUAGUUCAGCGGCUUUGCAGGGCGCCCUGUUGAAGAACACUGCCCUUUAACUUCUGGGAGCCCCCCGCAUUGAGUCCCAUCCCCCGGUUCCUUCCCAGAGUUACCUAAAUCCCCUUAAAUGGCCGGAUUCCGCCUUCAUCCCCCUCCCUCAAGCUGCUCCCCCAGGUAGAAUAACUCGCCCCUGCGAACAGCAGGAUUGCUCUGCCCCUCCAUCCAGUCCGGCGUUUCCUUCCCACAGUGAGCAAUCAGUUGCCCACAGGGGACUCUCCCCCGCCCCAAGCAGGGCAGGAGUGCAACCGCGCCCCCGCCCAGGUUUCCCCACAACCGUGGCACAUGGGUACGCUGCCAGUCUCCCACUUCUGCUGCUUAUGCAUCUCCAUGCACCCUUCCUGGCCACUCCCACCCUUUGCUGCUGGACUUCCAGGAUAACUCAAACCCCUUGAAUGUCCAGAUUCCCCCUUUUAAGAAUUCCCCUUCUGUCCGUGCCCAGCUGAUACCAGGAUGCCUGCCAGCAUCCCUCUCUUGCUCGUUGUUUCCUUGCACCUGAUAUCCACAUGUAGACUGCUUCUGAUCAAGGAGGUUCUGUUUAGUUUUCAUAUAGUCAAGCGCCUCUGGUAGGUCUCUCUUCUCUAAGGGCUCAGUGUUUGUCUUGCUAGAUCAAAUCAAAGCCCAGUGGCCUGUUUCCAGCCAUGGAUAGCCAGCGGCUUUGCAGAAACUCACUGGCAAAAUAUGAAAUCAAUAGCCUACCCCUGCAGUUUGAGGACUAAAGUGUACUACCAUUAAAAAUGGCAGUUUUCCUCUUCCUCUUUCUUGCCUCUCCUAUCGUGCUUCUGACAUCCUCUUACCCUGGCCGUACUCUUUCCUUUCCAUGAACCUCUCUUUAGACCCCAUGAACUUCCCUACGGCCCAGUAGUUAACCUCUGCAGUCGUUAGCUUAUCUCUUUCGAAUAAUUUUUCCCUUCCUCAUGGACUAGUUUCCUCCUCCUCCCUUCCCACCCUCUCCUGUUUCCAAAGCAUUUUUCUGUGUUCACGAUGGCUAGAAAUCUUCUUUGUCUGAAAAUGAAAUGCUGAGAUUCAUGGAAUCAUGUGGAAACUGGGUGUUCUGUGCUUCCUAUGUGUGCUGUGAGUUCGACGGUAUGAAUGGUGAUGGAGCCUCCUCAACAUAUCUGCCCUGGCUUGUCUUUUUCAAACUGGACCAUGUUGGUACCCCUUAAUCUUGUUCUUCCAGUGCUAUGUGCUCAAGUCCACAGCAACCACAGAAUGCAAUGUUUUAUUAAGGUUUAGCAGCCCCCACCCAUAGCAGAGGGCACAUUCUUAUCCUCUGGAGCUUAAAAUUUCCACAUUACAAGAUUCCACAGGCAAGGGACAAUCUGCAGCGUCACUCCAGUGGCUUUUAGAAGUUGGUGCGUGGCAGAUGGUCUCUCCCACCGUGUCAUGACUUGAGACUGGAACUGACCUUUGCACCAGCUGUGAAAGAGAUGUCCUCCCUUUGAUCCCUCAGUGUAUUCCUACAGGGGCCUGACUUUAUAGCUCCCCCCUCCCGGAAUCUCCCAGGCUCACCAUUCAGAACCUGGGGCAAAAGACUCUGGAUCGGGGUUAGUCCUUCUGCACCCCAUGAGGCACAACAUGAUAACAAAGGCUGCGAGCCAUUUCUAGGUAGAAGGGAUUCUAGCCAUCUGAUACAGGGGGAAUGGAAGCCUUUUUGAUGAGGUCCAGAGAACUGGGAGCUGAAGAGCUGUUGUUGAUCUGUGGCCAUUUGUGAGAGAGGGGCUGUUGGUUAGCUGCAAACCCCCUGAUGGGCCAAGGGUCAGACUUCUCCAGGUGGGCCCUUGCCUGGGGUGGGCCCUGUCCAAACCUUGGACAGCUUUUGCCAGGCAUUGUAGAUUGGAUUGAUGUUCUGCUUUGGUAUAAGGCAGCUUCCUGCCUUCUUAUGCAGAACAAAACCAUGAGGACUAGAACCUUGCUUUCUUCUCUUUAUGGGAAGGGUCAUAGAUCAGUGCUGGGCCACCUGCUUUCCAUCCAGUUCACGGCCCAGGAUCUGUAGGGAGGACUGGGAAACAGCACUCUCCAAACACUGUGGAAAGCAACUGCCUGUCAGAAAGGAUCCAUCUUCCCCAACCUGGCACCCUCCAGAUCUGACUACAACUCCCAUUGUCCCGAGUCAGUGUGUCCAGCAGGUUAGGGGCAGUGGGAGUUGUCAUCCUGCAUCUCAGGAGGGGACCAGGUUAGGAAGCCCGUGAUAGCCAUUGGGCAAGCUGGCUGUGGACAGUGGGAGUUGUAGUCCAACGGUAGUCGUGUUUUAGAUAAAGGUGUGUCUUUGUUCAUGUGUGGUCUGUUCUUAUGUUCUAUGCAUGUGGGUUGUUUAUUUUGCAUUUUUAAGGUUUGAAUCUUUGUAACCCGCUCGGCAAACUCCAGCUCUUGGGUGAUACUGAAAUGUAAUAAAUGAAAGGAAAACACAGACACAUCUGUGGCUCCAGGGUGGCAAAGGCCAUUGCAAACAACACGGAGGGAGACGGGCCAGUGAACGGACUGGGUACGCUGCAGCUUUUUCAGAUUCCUCACUGCCGCUUCACUGCUGGGGAAAGGUGUUCUGAAAAGAGACCAUCUCUCCGUGAUGCAGGCAGGCCUUGUCCUUUCUGAAGUUCCCUUGACAGAUGCACGUAGUGUCAUGUGCCUUUUCAGAAUGGCAGAUAAGCAGCGCAGCCUCUUCUGUGAGGGGCUGAGGUUUCCUGGGUUGGCUAGUUGGAGAUGGGGCAGCGUAUAAUUAUAGCGGCUAGAAGGGCCCAGGCAGCGAGUUCUUGCUUCCAGUCUUGUGAAGCCAUUGGCUCAUGAGCUAGAAAGAGACACACACGCCCUCUCUGUUUCGCUCCUCACUUUUCUGAAAUAUGGACGGAAGGCAGUUUUGCUGAAUAAGAUGUUUCUUGAAAUCCAUCGCUAUCUUUUUCAGAUGCAGAUGAUAAAACGGCAUUCCACUGAUUGGGCAAAACAGAACAGUCCAGUUCUCCGUUCCAUUCGUGCCUAAGACCCCGUGUAUCGUAUUCACCAAUAAUAAAUAUUUUCUAGAGUCUGACAAACAUUACAAUUGGAAGGAUUGGCAUUCGGCUGUAUCGGGCAAAUCAUAUUUGGCACACAAAGCAGGGAAUGACAAAAAUUCACCAGUGCCCGCUAACGGAUCCAAGACAAAAACCCCACGCGCUUGUCUGAGUCUGCCACAAAAACAUUUUCUUGCACAUUUUAAAGUAUGGAUUCUGCCAUAGAGUCAAUUUAGCUCUAAGAAGAUGGUUCAAAUGUCAUUAAUGUUACGUGAUUUGCCACACUUCUCUAAUAGCCGUAACUGUGAGAGGAAAGAAUCCAGACAGGAAGAUUCCAAAACUGACCAAGGUAGAACAUCUAAUCCAGGUAGAAAAGAUUGAAAUUUGGCACAGGACAACAGAGAAGGGUCCGGAUGGCAGCUCUUGCUUGGCUUGCUCUCUUCUUGGCAGCUGUCUCCGCCGUGGACAGAAGCAACUUCAAGACUUGUGACCAGAGCUCCUUUUGCAAGCGGCAGAGGAGUGUGAAGCCUGGGAACUCCCCGUACCGGGCGCUGCUGGACUCGCUGCAACUCAGCCAGGAUUCGAUGAAAAUCCAGCUCAUCAAUGAAGCAAACAAGAUCCCGCUUCUCCUCGAGAUCUACGGGUUGAAAGGGAACAUGACCCGCAUCCGGAUCAAUGAGCUGAAUCCGCUCAAGCCCCGCUAUGAGGUACCCGAUGUGUUAGUCCAGGACCCCCCCACCACCAGAUUGUCAGUGACAGGCCGGGACGAGAACAGUGUGGAGCUGUCCCUGGGCGACGGCGGCCACAAGCUCAUCCUGACGGCCAAGCCGUUCCGCAUGGACCUGCUGGAAGGGCGGGAGCUGGUGCUGAGCGUCAACUCCCGGGGGCUGCUCGUCUUCGAGCAUCUGCGCCAGAGGAAGGACGCUUUCUUGGAAAAAGUUAGUAGCACGGUCGUUAGCAUUUGGGAUAGGAUCAACAACCUUUUCUCUAGGGAGCCCCCCAAGGAAGCGGCGUCGGAAGGGGAGGGAGCUGCUGAGUCAUCGGACGCUUCUUUGACUGUGGACCAGGAACUCGCAGAGAAGAGCGAGCAGCCUGAGGAAGCUUCCAAACCGGCAAGCGAAGCGGAGGAGGAGCCAGGAGCUUGGGAAGAGACGUUCAAGACUCAAACGGACAGCAAGCCGAAUGGCCCAACAUCUGUGGGGCUAGACUUCUCACUGCCCGGCGUGGAGCAUGUAUACGGGAUCCCAGAACAUGCGGAUAACCUCCGGCUGCGAACCACUGAGGGAGGGGACCCGUACCGCCUCUACAACCUGGAUGUCUUCCAGUACGAAUUGUACAACCCCAUGGCGCUCUACGGCUCCGUCCCGGUCCUGCUGGCCCACAAUGCCCAGCGCACCCUGGGGAUCUUCUGGCUCAACGCUGCGGAGACCUGGGUGGACAUCACCUCCAACACGGCCGGCAAGGCUGGCUUUGCCCUGAGUCCCUCCCAAACGCUCUCGCAGACCCUGUUUGGAAAAAUGCUGGAUUAUAUGCAAGGCGGAGGCGAGACCCCACAGACAGACGUUCGCUGGAUCUCCGAGAGCGGGAUCAUCGAUGCCUUCCUCUUGCUGGGGCCGACGCCCCACGACAUCUUUAGGCAGUACGCCUCCCUCACAGGCACCCAGGCGCUGCCUCCGCUCUUCGCCCUGGCCUACCACCAGAGCCGCUGGAACUACAACGACGAGGAGGACGUGGGGGCCGUGGACAGCGGCUUCGACGAGCACGACAUCCCCUACGACGUCAUCUGGCUGGACAUCGAGCACACGGACGGCAAGCGCUACUUCACCUGGGACCCCAACAAGUUCCAGCACCCCCGGGAGAUGCUGCAGCAGCUGGCGGCCAAGAGGCGCAAGAUGGUGAGCAUCGUGGAUCCGCACAUCAAAGUGGACAGCGGCUACCGUGUCCAUAACGAGAUUCGUUCCCAGGGCUUUUACGUCAAGACCAAGGACGGCGCGGACUAUGAGGGCUGGUGUUGGCCAGGCUCUGCAGGCUACCCCGACUUCACCAACCCCGAGAUGCGGGCCUGGUGGUCCAACAUGUUCAGCUAUGACCGCUACGAGGGCUCGAUGGAGAACCUGUACACCUGGAACGACAUGAACGAACCCUCCGUCUUCAACGGGCCCGAGGUGACGAUGCACAAGGACGCCGUGCACCAGGGCGGCUGGGAGCACCGGGACGUCCACAACCUCUACGCCUUCUACGUGCAAAUGGCGACCGCGCUGGGGCAGAUACAACGUUCAGGCGGUGUGGAGCGCCCGUUCGUGCUGACCAGGGGCUUCUUUGCUGGCUCGCAGCGUUAUGGGGCUGUGUGGACAGGGGACAACGCGGCGGAGUGGGACCAUCUGAAGAUCUCUAUCCCCAUGUGCCUGAGUCUGGGACUCGUGGGCUUCUCUUUCUGCGGAGCCGAUGUGGGCGGCUUCUUUAAAAACCCAGAGGUGGAGCUCCUGGUGCGAUGGUACCAAGUGGGGGCUUACCAGCCCUUCUUCCGGGCACACGCCCAUGUGGAUACCACCCGCCGGGAGCCCUGGCUUUUUGGCGACGAGAACAAGGCCCUGAUCCGGGACGCCAUCCGUGAGCGCUACGCCCUGCUGCCCUUUUGGUACACUCUCUUCUACCACAGCUACCGAACCGGCCAGCCGGUCAUGAGACCUCUCUGGGUGGAAUAUCCCCAGGAUGUUACAACUUACUCCAUUGAUGACCAGUAUCUACUUGGUGAUGCACUCUUGGUCCAUCCAGUCACAGCCCAGGGGGCUCGGGGUGUCCAGGUGUACCUGCCCGGCAAAGGAGAGAUUUGGUACGACGUCCACACCCACCAGAAGCUUCACGCGCCCCAAACCCUCUAUUUGGCUGUCACCAUGAGCAGCAUUCCCGUGUACCAGCGGGGCGGCAGCAUCGUGGCCCGGAAGGAGCGAGUGAGGCGUUCCUCAGACUGCAUGCACAAAGACCCUUACACCCUCUUCGUGGCCCUGGGCCCCCAGGGCACAGCGCAGGGUGACCUCUUCCUUGAUGACGGACACACAUUCAGCUUCGAAACGAAGAAACAGUACCUGCAUCGCCACUUCAACUUCUCCGGCAACGUACUGAUAGCCAGCUCCGCAGACCCGAAGGGCACCUUUGAGACAGAAGCCUGGAUUGAACGGGUGGUGAUCCUGGGAGCUGGCAAGCCAGCGGCGGUGUUCCUUCAACAAGAGGGUGCUGCUGAGACUCGCCUGGAUUUUACCCACGAGGCCGAAACGUCUGUCUUAACCAUCCGCAAACCCGCCGUCAACAUCGGGGCAGACUGGAGCAUCUCCUUGCGAUAAUGCCACGAGGCGGGGGUGGGGGGAUGGGGUCAGGGGGUGAAGGACAGGGAGAUGCAGUGCUGGGGAGCUCCAGGCCAGCCCCCUUUCCCUGGCGCAUGGGUCGGGAAGGCUCGGUAGCCCUCAGCCCAUAGUGUCUCAGGUCCAAGUGCCCACAGACAUGUCCAGGGGGCGGGUGGCCAUGCCCCCCUUCCCCUGCAGCCCUGUCUUGGACUCUGAUCUUUUCAGGUGGCUCCAUAGAUUAACUUUAAGCAAUAUUUGCUGUAGAAUGAAGAAUCUCCAGGUUGGAGUUGGCUGUGACUCGGUUCCUUCUAAUUCUGUGGCAGGCUGGCUAGGAAGAGUGCCUCCCCCUCGCUUCCUUUCCCCUCUCCUUCCUGGAGAUGCGACAUUGGGGCCAACCUUUUGAGGGGGCUGGGCCUUUCCAGAAUAGGCAGGGGUAUCUAAUCCACCCUUCUCCCCCUCCAUCCUCCUCUUCAUCUCUGGCUCGAGUUCCAAGCCACCAUCUGGACCAAUUAAAACAACAACAAUGCUGGCAAGACCGCCUUUGAACCUCCUUUGCUUGCCAACAGGUGAAUGUAUAGAGCAUUUCUCUUCCAUUGUUCCCUCCACCCACUAUAAGGACCCUCGCCCUAAGCAAGAGACAAAGGGUCUGGCUAGAUAAGGCCCCCCCCCCGCCCUUUUAUCAUGUGCCUUGCACAUCCUAAAAGGGUCUUGUUUCUUUAAUCACCUCUACUCCAAUUCUUAGCACUGCAGAUGAUGAGGAAUAUUUUCCAGGGGGGAGUCCAGGUGUCAGUGAAUCACUGUCACUUCUAUUUAUGGGGUUUUUUGUUUUUUUUGGGGUGGGGAGAGUUGGGGAGAAUUGGCAAGACAGAUCAUGUGAAGAGGGACAAGCAGAGCAAUCUGGCUUGGGAACAAGUAAAAACUUAACGUUUUUUGUCCUGCACUGGGACCUAAAAAGAGAAGAUGUAGGCAUGGGGGUGGGUGGGGGUACAAGCUGCUAAGGAAAAGUCUUCCCCCUGCUGGAAGAAGAAAAAGGGGGUAUCUUCCUAUAGGGGGAACUGGCUGGAAUUUUGUACUCCUUGCUCCUGUGUACUCCUUGCUCCUCCUUGCUCCAUUUCCUGAUCCCUGUUUCUGGCUAUCUUCGCUCCUCUUGCCCUCCGACUAGGCUGUGUGGCUUUCUUUGGCCGUCUUUUGUGUGUAUGUGGAUUAACAUUCCUGGUUCUGGCUGGUUCUCCCUUGUGUGUUUGCAGGCAAAAGACCAAGAGCAAGGCUUUUAACUAAACAACAACAAAAGUCAAAUUUCCUUCUUAACACACACACUUUUCUACCCCUUCCUGAUUUGUGGUUUCAUCUGCAGGUAAAGCUUUCACUGACCUGAGUGUUUUGAUAAAAGAUGGACAAUAAAAACCAAACAAAAAGUCAAA